AACUAGCAAAUCAAAAACAUUAAAUGUGACAAGACGAGCUCAACAGUUGUGCAACAGUUAUGUUUCCUGAAUGUAUCCAUUAUCGCAUUUGUCGCGCAGUGUAUCUUGUCGUUGAUGUAAUCUGGAAGGCUAUUACGGUUUUCGAAAUAAAGUGAAAAAUACAAAAGUGAGGAAAUUCACUAGAAUAUUUACAAUUUCAUUUGUUGAAAUCUAGUAAAUCUGCUCACUUUUGUAAUUUUCAUCUCGUUUCAAGAAUCGUAAUAGCUCUCCUGUAGUCUGUAGUUAAAAGUUUUAAGUCUUAUUCUUACUGCCUGUUUUACAGCGUUUUUCCUAAUGAAUGAAUGAGAAAUCCAUAAAAAGUAAAGAAAGAACAGAAAUAAAAAAAGAGAAACCGAAUGAGAAUCCAUAAAAAAAAAGAGAGAAAAAAUUUAUUGAACAAGAAGCGUAAGAAUCUUGUUUUCCCAAAAAAUGACACUCUUUUAUUAUUUUUAUAAGAUACAAAUGAUAAUCGGUUAUUAUUAUUUGUGUGUAAAUGCCGUAAAAAAUAACGGCAGUUGUCAAUGCGGAAACAAGUUGAAUCGUCAAGCAAUUUUCAAUCCUCAAGCAGGAUAUUGUGUUGUUGAUAAUUCUAAAUUCGAUGCAAUUCAUAUGAAAGAGGAGAAAACGAAAAAAAUGUUUAAGAUAAAUGCUGGGACGUAUUUCAUAGGAACGAAUAAUCCAAUUUUUAUAGCAGAUGGAGAAGGUCCAAAACGUGAAGUAAUAUUAGAUAGUUUUUAUAUAGACAAGUUUGAAGUAAAUAAUGAAGAGUUUGCAACUUUUGUAAGAACCACUGGAUACAUAACGGAAGCGGAGAGUUUUGGAGAUUCCUUUGUCUUUGAAGGUCUUUUAACGCAAAAUAUGAAAAACAAAAUCAAUGAAACGGUUGUGCAAGCUCCUUGGUGGACACCUGUGAAACAAGCUUCAUGGCAACGUCCAGAGGGUUCUGAUUCAAAUAUCACUUACAGAAUGGACCAUCCUGUUGUUCAUGUUUCCUGGCAUGACGCAGCUGCUUAUUGCAAUUGGAUGAGAAAGAGAUUACCAACUGAAGCAGAAUGGGAAAUUGCAUGUCGUGGUGGACUUUCAGAUAGACUAUAUCCUUGGGGAAAUAAAUUGAUGCCAAACAAUCGGCAUAAAGCCAAUAUUUGGCAAGGCAAUUUUCCUACAGAAAACACUAAAGAGGAUGGAUUCAAAGGCACAUCGCCAGUUACAAUGUUUUCACAAAAUAAAUAUGAUUUACAUAAUAUUGUUGGAAAUGUUUGGGAGUGGACAGCUGAUUGGUGGAUAACGAAGCACUCGAGCGAUCGACAAACAAAUCCUUUUGGCCCAUCUAGUGGUAACAAUAAAGUAAAAAAAGGUGGUUCUUAUCUUUGUCAUAAAAGUUAUUGCCACAGAUACCGAUGUGCUGCACGUAGUCAAAAUACACCCGAUACAUCAGCUGGAAAUUUAGGCUUUAGAUGCGCUAUAUCGGCAUAGGUAAAACAUAUUAAAAAUUAGAGGCAGAAUAUGGAUAAAGAUUGAAAAUUUAUUAUAAAUGCAAUAUAUGUAAAUAAGAUGAUAUUUCUUUUAUAUAAAAUUAAUGAAUAUAAUGAAUAUCACAUACA